AUGUGGCCAAAUGAGCUAUGCAAGGGUUUUGUUCCUGACAUGUGGGGGAUCCGACUCAUCGAGGGUCUCUCUGCGCUGGUGUCGCUCGUGGUGUCCAACAGAGUCGAUCUUGAGGACGUGCGACGCAGACUCAAAGGUCAUGCGAACCACCAUCCGCGUACAAAGUAUCCUCAGCUUCGCAAAUCUGAUAUUCUCAAAGUCCGGAAAUGGCUUCGUGGCAUGGGGAUUGAUACCAAGCAUACAAAUCCAAAUGAGUCGGCGCCAGUGAAUGAACAGAGCGACGAUGAGAUGGGCGACAGUGACGCGACUGAUGCAGAAUCUGAACCUGUUGAUGAAAUUGUAGCUUUGGGUUUGCCUGAUGAUCAGAUGGAAGUCGAUACUGAUGAAGAAGAGGAUGAAGAUGAAGAUGCAGAUGAGACUGAAGAGCGAGUCGAGGAACCGGGGCAAGUUCAAGAAGGUGAGGCGGAAGAACAGGGAGAGGAAGAGGAGGAGGAAGCGGAGGAGGAGGAGGAACAAGAAGUUGAGGAGCUGGAGGAUGAGAAUGAUUUCGAUUGGGCUGCGCCAAAGAGGCAAAGCUCAAAGAAAAAGACUCCCCCUCGAGAAAAACGCCGCUCACCAGCCAAAGAAAUCGUCGAGAUCGACGAGUCAGAUGAGGAAACAGUGGUAGAUCCAGAUGGUGAUGGCUUCGUGCCGAACGACAGUCCAGAGCCUGUCGAGGUUAACAGCCAAUCUGCACCUGAUCACGAAACAUCAACGCCCAACUCUGUGUCAGCAGUCUCAAGCCGUCCGCGGCGCAGUAUCCAACAGCCAUCUCGAUUGGUUUCAGAUACGCCCAGGAGCUCCGUUCAACAAAGCACGGGCUCAGCGGAGUACACAUCUGCGACUCUCGCUGUCAGAAGUCCACCGAGCUCUCAACAACAAAUACCAAGCUCUCAAGUUCCAGCGCUCAAAUUUGUAAUGUGUCAGGGCCUCAUGCACCCUCCUCAACAGCCUACACCAACAGCCUCUCCAGCAAACACAACGCAAAAUGUUGUCAAACCUCGCCCACAAUCGCAUACAGCAGUACCUCUUCCUCCAAUCCCUGGUACUAAAAGUGCAACGCAACUUCAACGAUCCAAUAGCCAGCCAUCCGCUCCAACCUCCGCUUCAAAUUCUCAGGGCUCCGCGACUCCCCGCACGCAAGCCAGCUCUCAGCCAUUGGCGUCGCCCCGCACCAGUGCUACCUCUCUGACUCCUCAGCAGCAACCAGCGGCGGCACAUAAUCAUGUGGCUCCUCCCGAGGCUUACAACCAAUUGACAGGCAGUCAGCAAUCGACGCCUCAUCACUUGGCUACAUCUCGGGGCAAUAAGCGCCCGGCUGAAUCAUCUCCAAUAGCAUCAUAUACGAGUAAUACUCCAUCGAACACCUCACGAACUGGAGCAAAGAGACAAAGGUCAUCUAACGCUCGACCGCACCAUCAGUCGCAAGUGUCUAGAGCAAUCAAUUGGGAUGCAGUCUUGCCCUCUGGGGACGAGUUCAAAGAAAGCUUGAAAAAUGCUUCCGAUGCCAUAAAGCCUGUUCUGCAUAAGUUUGAAGAUCUAUUAGCCGAAAUCGACGACGAGCAACGCAAGCUCUCUGCUGUCCAAAGCAGCCUUUUCCAGAAAAAGAAUGAUUACACAAACGAUCAAAAGAAAGCCCAAGACGCGCUCAAAGACGUUGAGAAAUCCACAGCCAACGAAAACACAACGCUCAGAGGUCUUGAGGAAGUUUACCAGCAGAACCCCAGUGAUGCUGAGCUUCGCACCUUUAUUAACAAGCGGAAACAGACUAUUCUCGAGCACAAGGAGGUAUAUGUUAUUGUCAAAAGCCAGCUCGACAAGAGUAUUGCUGGAAUAUACAAGACCGAUCAUGAGAUUGCACUUGUCACUAAGAGACUUGGGCAGCUUGAUGCUGAGAGGGCGGAUGUUAUGAAAGAGAAGGAGGGCGUUGACAAGGCGGCGAAGAGAGUGACGAUCAUGUCGAAGUUCAUGGAACCUUCAUGGCAGGCUACGCUGGACAUGCUUCUGCAGUCUGUGGGUCCUGAAGUUCUGGAGAAGGCUUUCUAA